AUGGCUGCUAACGCUUCGAAAGAGCCUGUCCACAUUCUCUUCGUCGGCGCCGGCGCCGUAGGGUGCUUCUACGCAUCUCGCCUCCAUCAUCCUUCACACCGCAUUCAUGCUUCUUUGACAGCGAGGUCUAAUUACUCUGUACUGGAAGCUUCAGGAGUAACACUGCAAACACACAGUUUUGGUGAUUACACAUUCAAGCCCCAUGCUGUCUUUCCCUCGGUCGAAGCAGCAGUACCGAGCACAAGCAGUUCGGCCAAGGCGCCACAAAACGGAUGGGAUUUUAUCAUCGUGACCACAAAGGCUCUACCUGACCGUUCUGAUGAUUCUGAGCUGAUUGCACCAAUUGUAUCGGCCAAGUCUUGCAUAGUGCUCAUUCAGAAUGGGGUGGGUGUGGAAGAGCCAUACCGAAAGCGAUUCCCACAAAACCCCAUAGUCAGCGCAGUCACUAUCGUUAGUGCUGAACAGAUCAAGCAAGGCACAAUACGGCAAAACAGAUGGACUAGGAUCAGUCUCGGACCCUACGGUGGUGGUCUCGUGAGAGAUGUAAAGGCGAGUGUGGAAAUGAAGCAGCUUGCCAGCCAGGGACAUGGACGUAUGGUUGAGCUUGCCAAGUGGUGGACAGAGCUAGGAGGCAUCAAGGAUGUUGAGAUACACACAGAGAUUGAGCUCCAAACCAUCCGCUGGCACAAGCUGUGCAUCAAUGCUGCAUUCAACCCUACGGCAGUAGUAUCCGGUGGAAGGGGCAAUGCCGAUCAAUUGAAGGAUCCCGAACUAAGAGAGCACAUCCUUGGAAUCAUGAAUGAGAUCAGGGAGGCUGCCCCUAAAGUUCUCGGGAAGCCGUUUCCAGACGACCUGGCAACACCGGAAAGAAUCAUACGAAGCACUGAGCGUAAUACGGGAGCAAAGCCAAGCAUGCUCUUGGACUGGGAAGCAGGGCGUCCAAUGGAACUCGAGGUCAUUUUGGGUAAUCCGGUUCGUAUCGCGAGAAAGGCAGGUAUUGAAAUGCCCAGGCUACAAAGCCUGUACGCGCUCCUAAAGAGCAUGCAGCACGUCAGAGAAGUUGCGAAGAAGGCGAAACUGUAG